AUAUAUAUACUAUUAGGUUUGUGCAUGUCUGUGUCAUCCUCAACCUCAAGCACUUUCUCUUCUGCAACUUCCCUUGAUUGGGAUUUGAUCUUCCUUCGCUUACGUCCUCCUCUCACUUCCCCAUUUUCAUUUUUCACCAUCUUUCAAGUCUCCAAAUAAUUACACAAAAAGAAAAUUUGUUCACGCCAUCCACCAGACCACACGGAAUCCGCAACGUGCGAAGUAUUGAUUGGUCCACGUGGCACCUCCGCCCGCUCCUCUGAAAACAAAACGUUGGCCGCUUCCGCUCACGAGCACCCUCACACCGCACCACUACGGUGGCUUUUGUCUGGAUCCCCGGAAACCCAGAAAGAAACAAAGAGAAAAAAGAGAGACAAACCAGACCAGACCAAAGUGGGCGCCUUUUUAACCCACCCCUUCCCAUUUUUGAGAGAGGUGAGAUGUACGAAUCAGUCGUGGAAAGCUGAACAGACUGCGAUAUUUUCUAUGUUAUGGUGUUUUAGAUUUUAGAACGCUGAGGGGAAGAGAAGAAAUCUGAAAGAUUCGGAUUGUUGCAAUACAAAGGGGGUGAGUGGAUUGUGGAAUGGAUGGAUUUCUGGCCGGAGUUUCUCGCGAGCAGUUGGGGGAAGGAGUUCGUGGCGGGAGGAUUCGGGGGAAUGGCCGGCGUCAUCUCCGGCUACCCCCUCGACACCCUCAGAAUCCGGCAGCAGCAUUCCAGAACCGGUGGUUCUGCCUUGGGCAUCCUCCGCAAGAUCGUCGCCGCCGAGGGACCCUCCGCCCUUUACCGCGGCAUGGGCGCGCCCCUCGGCUCUGUCACUUUUCAGAAUGCCAUGGUCUUCCAGAUCUAUGCAGUGCUGUCACGAGCAUUUGAUUCCUCAGUUGCAGCUGAAGAGCCUCCCUCUUACAAAGGAGUUGCCCUAGGGGGAAUUGGAACAGGGGCCCUGCAGAGCCUUUUGCUCACUCCUGUUGAACUCGUGAAAAUUCACCUUCAACUACAGAACAUAAAAUGCUCAAGCCCCCGUCAAGAAGAUGGCAACAGAGGUCCCAUAAAUGUGGCCAAAAAGAUAUUCAGGACAGAAGGUUUAAGGGGAAUGUACCGCGGUUUAACAAUCACAGUCAUCAGAGAUGCUCCUGCUCAUGGAUUCUACUUCUGGACAUAUGAAUACAUGAGAGAGCAGAUGCACAUGGGCUGUCGAAAGAGCGGUGAAGAGACCUUGAGAACAAUGCUGAUUGCAGGAGGGCUUGCAGGAGUUGCCAGUUGGGUUUCGUGCUAUCCUGUAGAUGUUAUAAAAACCAGGCUCCAAGCUCAGUCAGGAUCUUCCCCACCCAAAUACAGCGGCAUAUUCGAUUGCCUGCGCAAGAGUGUGAGAGAAGAGGGUUACAGCGUGCUGUGGCGAGGAUUGGGGACAGCUGUUUCUAGAGCAUUUGUAGUGAAUGGGGCUAUUUUCGCUGCUUAUGAGAUAACUUUAAGGUGCCUGUUUAACAACAACAACCAUCACGAAGACAUCUCAACAGACAGCGCAAACUAGGAAAGAAUGGUGGUCUUUGCCUGGUGGAGUGGCCAUCUCAGCAGCCACAAAUUAGCUCUAUGGUCCUAAUCUUGAUCAUAGCCAAUCUCAUUGUAAUACUCAAAAUGAUUCCCUCGUCAACUGCAAUCAUUGUUGCAGCUCUGCUUAAGACAUCCAAACUUGGAAUUAAAGCAAUUUGAAGAGGGAAUAGAAGCAAUAAGUGGGAAGGCACAAGACAUGUUGGAUUUAUUGAACAGUGGUAACCAUCAAAGUCAGCUAUUGAUUUUAUCUCAAAGUUGGAAGCCGCCAUGAGUGCCAUUCUGCUUCAAUUCAAUCUAAUUUUGUAAUCUGCAUGAUAUUCAAAAAUGUACGUACCAAUUUAUUCUUACUUUGUAAUUCCCCCUGUAAUUUCAACUCUCAAUUGGAUGUGGAAAAUGAGCAUAUUUGGGUCCGUAGUAUGACAAAA